CACGCGGCUGUUCUUAUGUGGCCUCCCUCUCCCAUUGAGCGUACAAGCGUAUACUCUCCGUCUGUUUCGGAUCAGGCCCUUCCGGCCGGCCCUUCCUAGUUUCAGUUCCCCUCUACUCGGACGUGUCGGUCGAAUGCAUCGCCUUGUUAAUUCCUCUCGAAAAUGUUCUAUCUUAUUUUCGACGUCCAAGCUUCGAUCGACUUUAUCUCGAAAACGCUGAUUCUGCUGUGCGAAAUCGAAAAAGAGUGGGGACACGGAGCAUCGAACGCCGUCUAAUCUUUCGUCUCUGAAUGGCAUUUGAAUAAUUUCGACUGCAGGAAAUAUCGAUCAGUCGUACGUUUGCUUCGAGAGUUAACCGCUUUCUCGAUUCCCGCCCGUAUACAUAUCGAUCGGUCCCGUAUGAUAACAGGGUCGUGGACGUUCAUAAAUUCCGUCUUGGUGCCGUUGACGUUGAGAGUAUUUCUUUUCGUUAAAAAAAUGUUAGUUCGUUACCUUGACGUCAUUUCUUAUUAAUCCGCUCGAACGGAAUCCGAGGUUAACGACCUUUCUACCCCCUUCUCUAUCUCCCUCCCCUUCGAAGGCAAAGUAAGCUCGACGAGGAAGCAAAAGUUGAGCGUAACGAUCGUCUUAAAAGUAUCGCUAAAAACUCGCUCGGUACGUUUCUUAUUUUUCGAUCUUUAUGUAUCGGCCAAUCUCGGGAAGAUCCAAUAAGAGAGAGAGAGAGAGAGGGUGGGAGGGAGACGAGCGAGGGUGAGCCCUCGGAGAAAAAGAAGUAAAGAGGCCUCGUUUCCUCGGCAAUUUAGGCAUGCACCCGCUUCUUCUCCUCUCCCACCUAGCGGCAACCUAUCUACCUUGCUACCUGCCACUCGGUGGGGGCUAAAAUUACGUUUUCUCGGUAAAGCAACGCAAGAAGCGAAGCCACGGCCGAGCAAAAGGAUCAAAAUCGUCGACGCCGAGUGUGCGCAUGCUGCUGCUGCUGCUGCUGCUGCUGCUGCUGCUGCUGCUCGAGAGAGAGAGAGAGGAGUAGGCAGUUUUGUCUAGAAAGUUAGGCGACGUCGAGGGGAUGACCAUGGAAGUAAACUACGUUACACAAGCUUAACGGCGUGGCAUGCCGCUGUUACGGCACACCGCGUGUUGUCGCUACUUGCGAGAGAAACUCGGCACAGAGAGAAUAUUGUUUUUACUAAAGAUUCAAGCAGAAUUCGCAAGACGUUUGGAAGAAGCGUGUUCUUUAGGUUAAUGCGAAUUUCUCUCGAUUCUCCGCGACUUCGUGACGCGAGUAUGAUAUUUUUGUGUGUCUUUCGUGGCACUGGCCCAAAGCAAGCACGUGACCCUUUCGUUUCCAGGGAGUUUGAGAGAGAAAUGCUCGUAUUGUCGUUCGUAGGGGGUAAGGUUCUCGUUAAAAAUUUCUCAUUAAUUUCUCCUCGGUCGUCGUUGCGCGUAGGAAACGCCUGACGUUCGAUUCUCCUUCGAUAUCGCGAUCGCUAGCAUCGGCGAAUAAGCGCGUCGUUUUCGCUGCCACUCCUCCACCUUUUUCUUCGACUGAGAAACAUAACGGUCGACGUCUUCGACGCUAUCGUAGGUAUCGUAUUCCGGUCACGAGAUACCGAGCCGAUCGCGUCCGACGAGUUGGUCGCUUCAACGACGAUUCGAGAUCUUCGGCGAAGGAAAGAAAUCAAAUUUUAUUUCGCGCGUGCCCGAUAUAUCGCUUUUAUCGUCGACCUAGCUAUCGUAGAUUUUAGCGGAGAAAGAACGAAAUUGAAUGAAGUAAUCGCGCGGAAGAGAAAACAUCUCCGAUCGGGAGGAACUUUACGAUGGAGCUCGUUCUCCAAAGUGUCCUUUGCGAUCCCUGCUAACGCAAAACACCGACUCGUCUGAAAGGAGAAGAAGGCCCGAUCGAAAGCGGAUUCGAAUUCGGUUGAAAAUCGUGCUACGUUAAACGUGGAUGUAGUCUGCGUCGACUGUGGCGGCAUCCGCGAAAUCGAUACAACGCGUUCACGAACACAUUGCACCGGACUACGGACUAGAAGGCACGACUACAAUAAUAAGAAGUAGGAAGAGUAGGAGUAGAGAGGGUGAAGGACGAAGAGGAGGGAGGAGGAAACCGAGGGAGGAUGGCAGUAGCGACGCGACGAUGGCGACGACGCCGACGCCGCUCGUCGAGAGAAACGAUCUCUCUCUCUCCCUCCCGAACGAGAGGCAAAGAGGGGACGACGUUAUAUCGCGGAGGGAUGGAGAGCGGCACAUAUCGACCGGUCUACGAAGAACGAGCGCCAGUCGAGAACAGGGGUCAAGGUCGUCGAAUGUACCACGCCUGCCUCCAUCACCCAAUAACGCGGCCGACGUAGACCAGCCUAGCCCGUGUGAACUGCUGGACCCGCUGUGGGUCAAAAUGAGCGCGAUCACCGGUAGCAUCGGCAAGAAAAGAAAGAAAUCGGAUGCCAAACCGCAAUCGCAGAUUAACAAGUGCCUUAACGAAAAGCGACGACGUAACCAGGAGAACCUGUAUUUCGAUGAGCUUGCCGAGCUGAUUUCCGCCACGGACAUGAGCUCUGGCAAGACCGACAAAUGUCAGAUCCUUCAGAGAACCGUCGAUCAGAUUCGGCACAUCAGGCAACAAGAGGGUUCCAACAGUCAUGCCGUGCAACAAGGGGAAGUAUCUUCGUCGAAUCCUAACAUACUGUCCAACGAUCAAGUUGGCCCUAUCUUAUUGGAGGCGUUAGACGGCUUCCUGUUCGUCUUAAAUAGCGAGGGACGAGUGGAAUACGUAACGGAUAACAUUACCCAGUAUAUCAAUUAUACGAAGGACGAUGUAUUGGGAAAGGAUAUAUAUAAUAUCAUACAUCAUGGAGAUCACAACACCUUCAUGCCUACGUUGUUGCCCAUGUCAUUAGGCUGGACGAGCGAGCCGCAGCCUCAAACGAGGAAUCGUACUUUCAAUUGCCGCUUCCUGGUAAAGCCUCCCGAUGACAAAGACGAGACGAUGGAGGAGAAGCAACAACGGGUAUCGAAAUACGAGUCCAUGCAAAUCUGUUCGGCGCUAUUGCCGAGUAAUACCGAGCGACUCGAGAGCGGCGACGUGUCCUCCGAAUCGCCAGACAUCGGUCCUUGCGUAAUGUGCGUGGCACGUAGAAUACCACCGAACGAGAAGCCCGUAGGUACACCGAUCGAGCAAUUCACCGUUAAAUUGGAUACAGCGGGCAAGAUCAUCGCGGUCGACGUUAGUUGGUUGUCGUCCGCUUAUGCCAAGUAUCUGACCAAGGUAAGGGACUUGAUCGGUACGACGAUAAAGGAUUUGUGCCACCCUCAUGAUCUCAAUAAUUUAACUGCACAUUUGAACGAUACGCUUCAAGUCGGAGAGAGUACGAGCGCCGUGUAUCGACUGCGCGUUAGUCCUGAUAAGUUCCUUAAUAUACAAACAAAGUCAAAACUUUUCAAAGCGAAUGUGAUGAACGGCCACGACACGGACUUCAUGAUGGCCACCAAUUCCAUCAUAGGGGACAAUGACUUAACGCCUAUCGAGGGUGGUCAGCUUUCCAACAACAAAGUGUGCUCGGGACAUUCUAGUAACCGUUGUGCGAAUAAUAGUAAUAAUAAUAAUGGUAACAAUAACAAUAACGUGGGUGGCCUGUUGAUGUCCGUGGCACAUCUGAACGGUCAAGUGAGUGGUAUCAGUGGUGGUCGUGGAUUGACGGGGACGACGCACGUUGCUACGUCGUCGAACUCGAUCGCCUUUAGUACCGGCGAUUCUUGCAACUCGUUAGCGUCACUAAGUACGAGUAAUUCGUUCAACCACUUUUCGGGGAGCAUGGACUUGGAAUUCGAGCUCUUCCGCGGUUCGACAUGGGACUUGGACGGUAGCGGUGGUUGGCCGGAAAGGCCCGAGUCGAGAGGAAGCGGGCCAACAGAUUCGCGACCACCCUCUCAGCCAGCCCCGACAUCGCCGAGUCCCCAGGGAGGAGGAACGUUUUCCUCUAAUUCAGCGGUGCCGUCUCACUGCAGUCCCCUACGCGCUUUCAGCCCGUCGUCUUCGGUCAACGCGGCGCACACCUUCAGUAAUUCCUUCCCGUUCAGUCCGCUACAGGAAUCGCAGUCGUCGUCGACGUUGACCGGCAACAACGCGGCUGCGGCCGCCGCUGCCGCGGCCGCGGCCGCGGCCGCUGCCUCGGCUGCCAACAACACCGGCGUCAACAGCAACGUCAAUGGAAACGGCGCCACUUCCGUAGCCAUCGCGGCCGCCGCGACGGCCCCGGUCAUUCUGCCUGGACUCAAUGCCAAGAGGAUCGAGGAAGGAAAGAGCGGAUGCCCUACCAGCGGCACGAUGGACAACGCGACCGCGAGGACGAAUGCCUCCACGCCCGCCGAAACUCAAAAUAGUGUCGUGUCCACCGAGUCCGGUAGACUCAGAAACUUGUUAACGAAAGGCUCCAGUGCUAGUGAGGACAGUCAGGACAAUGCGAAUAACGAUUCGGACAACCAAAACAAACACAGGAUAUUGAAAAUUUUGUUGAAUCAGCAAGACGAGGACGAUUAUCAUUCUGAACACAACAACAAAAUGAGGACGAGUCCUAGCAACAUGCCAAAACCGAAUAUGGAGCAUUCCAAAUCUUCUCUUGGAAACAAUAUGCUUCUGCAGUUACUAAAUGAGAAAAAUGACGACGAGGACGAGGAGGCCCGGGCCGGAUUGAAAAAGAGGAACGAACUUCUUCAACAGUUAUUGAAGGAUCAGGACGAGGAGAGGAAAUUACAGGAGCAACAGACCCGGGACGACGAUCCUCUUUUGCGGAGUCUUGGAUUUCGGAACAGUACCCCUUCACCGUCACAAUCGGGAAGCGAUCACAGCGGGCUCGGCAGUACCGCUCAAGUGGGCCAGAAAAGACCGGGCGACGAUGGCGAUCUCAAUAUAGCCGUUAAACGGCCGAUGGAUGGUUCGCACCAGGUGUCUUCUACGGGUACCAAUGCUUCGACGAACGCGACGAGCAAACUAUGGGAGAAAAACAAAAUGUUGGCUUCGUUGUUGGCAAAACAACCGCCUCAACCAACAACCAUACCACCUAUUCCCGCGUCUGUGAUAUCGGCAACGCCGCAAGAUAAACUUCCACGUGGCGGUGGUAGUAGCGAUCGCUUAAAGCAACACCAGUCCCAACAGCAACAGCAGCAGCAGCAGCAGCAGCAGCAACAGCAGCAGCAGCAGCAGCAGCAGCAGCAGCAGCAGCAACAGCAGCAGCAGCAGCAGCAGCAGCAACAACAGCAACAGCAACAGCAACAACAACCGUGGACAGGUGGCCACAUGCAAACGGUCGGUGGGAACAAUGCGAUCACAACGACGGCUACUUCGGCUCGUACUCCUCUCCAAAGCCAAUCGAGACAACUACCUCGUCAAGCAACCAACACCUACCUCAGUCACAUGCUAAGUCAGCAACAAAGGCCGCAAUUGGGUCAAGUGGAUUCGGAAUUUGGAGAUAGCGGAGAAUACCGUCAAACGUGUACCGACCCGACUACUUGGGAUAACCAAUCGUCCGAUCCAGAUCUCUCCGAUAUUUUGGAUCAAGUUAUCGAAUUUGUUCCGGACGAAGCUAUCACAGAUUCGUCUGCGAUAGCAAACCUCCUGGACGUUAUCGAGGCACCGCAAAACAAUGCCAUGAAUGAAAAAAUGGCAAUAAACGCUAUCCAGAAGUCGUUGAUGUUAUGCGAAACUGCCGUAAAUCCAACGUCUUCCACCAUAACCAUACCUGGCACGCCUCCCGCUUAUUCCACCGCGUUGGUAACGACACCCGUGACGACGAGUCAUAGUUACCAACCACCUCCGAUGUAUCAACAACAAGCGAGGAUGAGGUUCAACGCUCAGUUGGUCGUGAGGCAGACUACCGCGCAGUUUACGCAACAACAGCAGCUGCAGUUGCAACAGCAGCGCAGUAAACUGAUACAACAGCAACAACAGCAACAAUUGAAGCAAAGAUUGCUGCAGCAACAACAGCAGCAACAACUGCUCAUCCCAUCGAACGCAACAGCGACGGACCAAAUAACGACUGGCAUACAUAAUAUCGAUAAUCUAUUAAAUAAUACCGUUGCGCCAAACGUAUCUCUACAGCGAUCGAGCGUCCCUGACUCCCAAGUUUCUCCGGGUUACGGGGGAUCCGUCCAGAUCACUUCCGGUCACCGACUCGCUCAUUCGUACUCUCACCCAUCGACGUUACCACAACAUCCCAUUGUGAAUAAUAAUUUUAACAGCGGUCAACAAGUGUCAGCAGCAGCAGCGAGACUCUCGCCGCAUUCUCCUGCGAACAUAUUGUCGUUUUCUCAUCCGCAACCGUUGUCACCUCGGGUAACGCAAGGCAAUUACGGCACCACUCCGAGGUUAUUUAACGUUAACCAGGUGAGAUCUCAGCAACAACCGACCGCGCAACAACAACUACAGCAACAGCAGAGGUCGAUGCCUUCGCCUGGAACUCCAGCCUCAGCAAGGCAAUCCCCGUUUCCUGCCGAAACCUUUCCCCCACCCACGUCUCCUACCGCCAGCCAAUUUCCACCCGGUCCAAAUCCCGGUGCUCCUAAUCCUACUGCCCAGUAUCGCUUGCAACGGACCACGUCGACGCCUUCUGCGACGACUCAGUUGCCAGGUGGGGUUGGUUCGCCCCGACACUAUGGCGGAGUGAACAAGGAACAACCUCUUCUUUCACCUAGUCAUCCACAUUCGGGUUGCCCCGCAACACCGACUCACAAUCAACACAAUGCCACCAAUACCCAACACUUCUCGAAUCAACAACAUUCUUCUAUGAUAUACCACACGACCGCCAAUACUAUCAACACACCAGAUAUGCAGAACAAUCAGUUCUGUUACGAUCGGACGUCCGUACCACUCUAUUCUUCUGGGGAUACGCAGGAUGUCAGGUCACUGCCUCCCGGUAAUCCUGUCAAUCACCACAUGGGUGGUAAUGCAAGUACCACCGGAAGUAUGACGUCAGAAUUCGUUCGGCAAGAAUUAAGGGCUAUAGUGGGAGCGAGGACGCAACAACAGCAGCAACAACAAAGGGUACCCAACAGUAUACCUAACAAUCUUUCUGGUCAAGUUUCUCAGGACGAUUUGGAAGCACUUGGUUUGACAUUCGAAAUGUCCACUGCAGGUGAGACUGUGGUUAACGAUGGCCCUGCCAAGAGCUGGGCCAUUGGGAGUACCGGAAGUGCCCCCUCAUCCUCCAGGACUACUAUGGAGGAAGCGGUCCGAGGUGAUCCCAAAUCAUCGUUGCUACAGAAGCUGCUGUCCGAGUGACUGCGGGCUACACUGUUGGACGGUAAAGGAUUAUGUGUGAUAUACGUUUGAAGAGGCAAGAAAAAUAAAUAAAAAGAAAAUAAAUAAAUAAGAACGAAGAGAAGAAUAAGAAAAUCGAAGCCUGAAAAGAAAGGCUGCUGUCAAAGAUGCAUUAUACGCGCUAUACGUAAUGGGUACUAUUGUAUUAUAUGUAAACGUUUAACAUACGAAGUCAGUAUUCAGAUACGUAUCACCAAAUACAAUGCAAAGCUCUAGUGCGCGGCGCUCUCUAGAACCUUUUCGUUCAUCGUGAUAAUCCGUGAUGGAAAAGGAGCUUUUUUUCUUGCAAAAACAGCAUCUGUCGUUUUAUCCGAACUCGAAGGACCAAAAGUUUUCGUUUCUACGUUUGGCUGUGUCGAGACUUUUGUUGGUAUUGAUGUGAGUGAGUGCGUACGUGUUACGGCUGUCAUUGCUUGGACCAUUUGUUUAACACGAUAUCGUGUUGUUGAUUUUUUUUUUUCUUUUCAACACGAAAAAAGAUAUUUAGAUGGGCAAAUCAAGAAAGAGAGGAAAAAGAUGAUGAGGCUGUAUGUGACAUAACGAUGGACAUGGGAAUUAACGAUGAGCGUUGAUUAGAUUUAAUUUACUCUAUCUGUUGUAACGAAAGGAAAGGAAUUACGAUAGAAUUGCACGUCGCCAUGCUACAAUAAUUCAUUAUUUUAUAUAUAUAUGUAUAUAUAUAUGUGUGUGUAUAUAUAUGUGUGUGUGUAUGUGUGUGUAUAUAUAUAUAUAUAUCAUUAUAUAUAUAUAUAAACACGUUAUACACAAUACAGAGACACGUACACAAAACACACGUUCACAUAUAGAAAACCUUUCUCGGGGCGUCCCAGCUUCUUCGAGCGAUAUUAGAUGUAUAAAAAGUAUAAUAUCGGCGAUGAAUUCACGUUUUACUCCCCGAAUCAAUGGCGCACGUGUUCUCCGUCGAUAUUUCGUUUGAUAUCGCUGAAAGAAAAGAAAACUACGUAGGUACCUCAAAGGUAUACUUUACUAUACCACUGGCUGUUGAACAUAAAACUAUUUAUAGGUUUAAUUAUUGUACACAGAAGAAUAGAGCACUAUCAUGUAUUCUCUUAAUUUAACAUCUUUUUGACUAUUACAUUAUGAAUAAUAUAUUUGUGAUUGUAAGAAUCUGCAACCAAAAUGUGACAAAGAAUACUUGUUGUUGUUAAUAUGAUUAUAACUAUUAUUAUUUUAUUUUAUUUUAUUAAUAUUAUUGACAUCAUCAUUAUCAUUAUUACCAAUAUUAUUGUUGCAAUUACUAUAUUAUUAUAAGAUUAAGGUUUAUUAUUAUUAUUAUUAUUAUUAUUAUUAUUAUUAUUAUUAUUAUAUUAUUAUUAUUAUUAUUAUUAUUAAUAUUAUUAUUAUUUUAUUAAUAUUGAUAUUAUUGAACACUUGGCGUAUGCGUAUUUCUAUUUGAUAGUAAGAGUACCUUUAUAUCAAUAUAAAUAUAUUGUAUGAAUGUAUAUGUAUAUAUAUGUAUAUUAAUUUAUAUACGUGUUAUAUAUAAGUAAUUGCUCGAUAGAUUAUUUAUAUAUAAUUACUAUAUAAACUUACGUAUAUUUAUAUAUGUAUACGUGUGAAGAAAUGAAAUCAAUCUUCUAUUUUGCAUAGCUCGGUAAUUCUCUUUUGGAUCUUAGAUGCACACUGAAUUACUUCUAAAUGACAUCUGUUGUUAUAUAAAUGAGAAAACUUCUAAUUACAAUACUAUAUGUGUACACACACGUGAAGUGUGUAUAUACAUAUACAUACAUAUGAAAGAAAUCUCACGCAAGUGUCUUAUUUUUUCAGGAAGUUCACCAUUUACUAGAUUUGGAAGAAAUUGCGACGAAGCGUAUAUAUUGUGAAAUAUGCAUCGGUAUGAUAGAUAUUAAAGAUUAGAAAUUAUGUUUGGUAGAAAUAUAUAUAUAUAUAUAUAUCGAAAAAACAAAAAAAAAGGAUUGAAAUGUUUCGAUUGCUUUUGAAGUACGAUAUAAUUUAAAGAGAGAUAUGUUGUAAAAAGAGAGCCUGCAUAGCAUGCCUUCUAAAGAUUACGUUUUAUCGUUUACACGUCCGAUAAUCAUAGAACUUUGAAAUACAUUUACAUUUGUUGUACUUUUUUCUUUUUUCUUUUUUUUUAUAUUACAGAAAGUUGUUUAUAACUUUCGAUCUUUUAUGCUGUGGUAUUUUCACGAAUUAUUAUUAUAUCGUCUAAUGUUUCUUAAGAUUACGAAAAGAUCUCGAUUAGAAAAUUUUAUUGUUACCGUUCGUGUUAUUUUUAUGAAAGAAAGAAGUAAUGUCGUAUGUAUCGCUGAAAGAUGGCAAAAUCGAAUUUAAAAAGGCUACGAAUUGCUUCGAAAGUUAAGGCGUUACGUGGAAAUGUUUAAAGCGAUUUAAAAAUACGCGAGCCCAAAAUGAAAAAUAUAUACGAUUGUUGAUUCUAUUUUUUUUUCUUUUCUCUUAUAUAAAUAUAUUGUAUGUAUAUCAUCUCUCGUAUACACGAUCUUAGACAUUUCAAGCUUGUUUUGCUUUUAAUAUGAAUGUAAUUAAAAAAUUUUUCAUCGGCGUUAUAUAGAUAGUGUAUUAAUCAAUCAAAUUACGCUCAGUAUGAUUUUCUUCGAGCUACACGAUGAACAUUCAACGUCGUUCUCCGUUGCAUUUUCUUCCAAUCGAAACAGUUACAAAGUUAUAAUCUCUGUAAAACACAUUCGUGAGGUACUCUGAAUAUGUACACGUACAUACAUAGAAAAAGAAAAAAGAGCGUGGGAGAAAAAAAGGAGAUCGAGCGAGCGAGAGAGCGAGAGCGAGAGCGAGAGAGAGAGAGAGAGAGAGAGAGAGAGAGCGAGAGAGAGAAAGAGAGAGUGUGUGUGUGUGUGAGAGAGAGAGCGAGCGAGAAAGAGACAUGUACUCAUCUUUACACAUGUGUACAUGUACGUACGUAUAAAUUUAUAUAAAUACGUACGUACGUGUACGUGUAUAGCCACGCGUGUGUCUCCUGUUACGUGUGUGUUUGCGGUUGAGAGGAGAGUGUAUGGGCGCGUCCGGUGCGCGUGAGUGUUCGUAAAUUCGCGCGCUCGUACGCGCAUGUACGUAGCGAAUUACGUCAUAUAGAUAGAUCAUAUGUGCUUUCUAAUGAUGAAUAAUUUUAUAAAUAUAAAUAUAAUACCGA